UUAACCUUUGUUAUUCUUUUGCUUUGGCUUUAAGAAUUCUGCCUAGAGGGGAAUCCCUGGUAGCCUGGUGGUUAAGAUUCCAGGCUUUCACUGCUAUAGUCUCAGUUCAAACCCUGAAUAGGGGGAGCUGAGCCAUGCAGCGCAGAAAAAAAAAAAAAAAAAUGUUGCUUUUAGCCUGAAAUACACAGGAUACCCAGUUCUCAAGGCUCUGACCUCUAAGGGUUUAACACAUUUCCGUGUGCAUAGAGAUGAAAAGUUGUAUAAAGACAGUAACAUUUGUCUUUUGGAGGAACAGCUGUAAGAACAAAGGAUUCUGACACCAAGAAAUUUGCAACAACCAACCACACCCCCUUUUCACCUUGCCUUUAAAAGUGCUUUGCUGAAGCUCUUUGGGCAGUUUGGGUGUUUGGGGCAAGAGCCACUCCUUCCUGCACGGCCCUGCACUAAACUUUUCCCUACUCCAUACUCACGUUUGGGGUUCUGCAUUGGGUGAACCCAAUUUUGGAUUCAGUAAUAUUAAUAGCAGCACUCUGGACCUUGGUUUCUUUAUAUGAAAAUGAGUUAAGUUGUUCUGGAUUAGUGUUUUCUUCUUCCUUUCUUUUUUGGCUGUGCUGUACAGCUUGUAGGAUCUUCGUUUUUUAACCAGGGAUUGAACCCGGGCCUUAGCAGCGAAAGCUCAGAAUCCUAACCUCUGGACCACCAGGGACUCCCCAGAGUUAGUGUUUCUUAAUGUAAAUGUCACUAUAAGCCAGUGUGUAACUUAUACCAGGACCUCAUUUAAAGAAGGCAAAGUUCUUAGUGGGUCGUGGGCCACUUUCUGUCUCAAGCCAGUGCCUUGGGAGAUGUUUAUGCUUGCAUAGGUCAGUGGACACAUAGGUUAAUGGGAUGCAGGAAACGAAGCCCCAAAGGCUAUAUCCAUGAUGUAUUCUUCUGACCAGGACUUACACAGGCCAGGGUGGGUGGAGAGGAGUGGGGAAAGUGGUGGGAGAUGCUUACUGUGCAAAAGAGACGACUGAGAUGACCCCAGAGGGUCUGCCCCAGGGACAUAGGCACCAGAAGCAGUCUCUAGUCCCAGUUGGAGCUCUUUCCAUGACAGCAAAUGACUUCCAACCAUCUUUCUUUCCCCAGGGCAUGUGAGCAUACACAUGAGCUCCGAUGGACACACAUACACGUGUACACACAUGCACACAGGUGCUCAGCUUGUCAGCACCUCCAAACACGGAAAAGCCUGGCUCCUGACCCAUUCUCAGGCUUGGCUGCAGCUCAGAUCCCCCCUUCUGCUCCUCAUCCUGGCCCUCGUUAUGCAACUCUUUUCUAAUUCAGCUUUCGGCUAUACACCAUUUGGAUUCUGGGUCCUUAAUCCGAUGGAGCUGAAAUGAAUGAGGCCGGAUUCCGUGCUGGCUUCACAAAGGCUACACUGUCUAACUGAUGAAUGGGUUCCUUCUGUCCGGGCCAAGAAGAUGAUUUGGAGGGCCAGGGGGCAGCAAAAAAAGAACCCAAUGUCUAGCAUAAUACCCUGCAUGUGCCAGCACGUGGAAUGGCCCUUUAUAAUGGAGGAGCCUGGGUUGAGGCAGCCAGAGAAGAGCUGGGUCAGCUGGGAGAAAGGCAGAGAGAAUGGCAGAGUCUGGGACCCUGCCCACUGGCUUCGGGGAGCUGGAGGUGCUGGCCGUGGGGACGGUGCUGCUGGUGGAAGACCCCAGAGCUGCGGACCCCCGGCCACCUGCUGGUGUUGAGCUUGGCGCUGGCCGACAGUGGAAUCAGCCUGAACGCCCUCGUUGCAGCCACGUCCAGCCUCCUCCGGCGCUGGCCCUACGGCCCGGAAGGCUGCCAGGCUCACGGCUUCCAGGGCUUUGCCACGGCGCUGGCCAGCAUCUGCAGCAGCGCAGCCGUCGCCUGGGGGCGCUAUCACCACUACUGCACCCGCAGCCGACUGGAUUGGAACACGGCCGUCUCCCUGGUGUUCUUCGUAUGGCUGUCUUCUGCCUUCUGGGCAGCACUGCCCCUCCUGGGCUGGGGCCACUAUGACUAUGAGCCGCUGGGGACCUGCUGCACUCUGGACUAUUCCAGGGGGGACAGAAACUUCACCAGCUUCCUCUUCACCAUGGCCUUUUUCAACUUCCUCCUGCCCCUCUUCAUCACAGUCGUAUCCUAUCGGCUUAUGGAGCAGAAACUCGGGAAGACCAGCCGUCCCCCGGUGAACACCGUCCUGCCAGCCAGGACGCUGCUGCUCGGCUGGGGCCCCUACGCUCUCCUGUAUCUGUACGCCACCAUCGCGGAUGCAACCUCCAUCUCCCCCAAGCUGCAGAUGGUGCCCGCUCUCAUUGCCAAGGCAGUACCCACAGUCAACGCCAUGAACUAUGCCCUGGGCAGCGAAAUGGUGCACAGGGGAAUCUGGCAGUGCCUCUCGCCACAGAGGAGAGAGCACAGCCGAGAGCAGUGAGCCUCUCUGAGGGGCUGCCCAGACCUAGGCCCACCCUGGCCUUCCUGGACUGAGCCCCUGCCUGGGGAGUCCUGUCCAGCAACCUCAGGAGCCAAGCUCCAGACACUCACCCUUCAUCCCUGAUGGCCCUUUGAGCCUGGCGCAAGGCUGGACACAGGGGAUUCAGAGAAAAACCAGACUACAUGGAAUGAGCCCGGACUCUGGAGCCACACGGACCUGUGUUGGCCAUAGCUCUCCACAUAGAGGCUGAGAGACCUUGGAAAAGUCACACUCUGACUCAGCUUCCUGGCCUCUAACGUAAGGAUGUUAAUACGGACUUUGGGUCUGUCGAGAAGCUUGAACUUGGUAGCAUAUACUCAUGUACGCAUAGAAGCUGCUGCUCAUUAGUACAGCUCUUAGGAUUCAGAGACUUACAUAGAAAGGGUGAGAGCCCCAGGUCUGGUUGUGGGAGCUCAGCCCAGGCUGCCAGCGUUCAAACACCUUUUAUUAAAUCGUGAUCUCGUA